AUGUGGAAAGCAGGUCCCUCAAACCACGUUCCUCAAAACGAUGGUAGUGACGACUCAGAUGACGAUUAUGAGAUUGCGGCAGUAGCAGUAGUUUUGUGGUAUUACUACACAUACAUGGAAAGACCAUUGCCUCAACCAAGGCAUACCUCUGCCCUCACAGGUAUAACGUGUGUUCAAUACCUACUUGAUGGACAUGAGGACGUUCUUAGGUCGAAGAUUAGCAUGGGAAGUGAUUAUUUCAAGCGUCUUAGUACGUUGCUUGAGCUUAAAGGGCUUUUAAGACCGACUAGGAACAUGAAUGUGCACGAGCAACUUUUUAUUUUCCUAUACAUUAUUUGUCAAAGUUCAAACAACAGGGAGUCACAAGAUCAAUGGCAGCAUUCUGAUGCUACCAUUUCAAAGUAUUUUCACGCUGUUUUGAAGGCGUUGUAUGAGCUCCGUUUUGACUUUCUUACACCGCCAAACUUUAACAUUGUCGAUCCCGUCGUAGCCGCGCGUGGAAACAAGUAUAUGCCAUGGUUUCAGAAUUGUAUUGGCGCUCUUGAUGGUACUCAUGUACCGGUUGUUCCACCCGCUGCAAAUGCUAAGGCAUGGAGAAAUAAGAAGGGAUUCUUCUCUCAGAAUGUAUUAGGAGUGUGUUCGUUCGACAUGAGGUUCACCUACAUGUUAGCUGGAUGGGAGGGCUCUGCCCAUGACGCACGUGUGCUUGCAUCCGCAACAGAAACGAGGGAAAAAAAUUUCCCUACUCCACCAGAAGGUAAAUAUUACCUCGUCGACUCUGGGUACGCAAACACUGAUUGUUUCCUGGCACCGUACCGGGGGAGCACUUACCACCUUCAAGAGUAUCGGGCAAGGCGGGGUCGGCCCCAAACGCCGAGGGAGUCAUUUAACUACAUUCUUCACUCAGAAACUGUAUCGAACGCACAUUCGGCGUCUGGAAAGCCAGAUAUUCCAUUUGUUUGUGCUAUUUUACAUAACUUCAUACACAUGUACAACCACAACGAUGAUCUACUUACCCAAUACAUGAGAGACGCCGUUCUGGUAGCAGAAAUUGAUCCACUUAACACGGAACAUGAUGUGAAUCAGAAUCACAACCCUGAUCGAGGAUCGCAACAACAGUAA